GAGCACGGUGUAGAGGCACUGCUUCUGCGGUCUAGUCCUGGUAUUAGAAUUCACGCGUUCGGUUAACACAAAGACCUCAGUCCUCUGCGAGCCCUGACAUUCAGGCAAUUCAGGUACGGCAAAACAGCAGGCGAUAGAUAACAUGUCCCUCAACACUUCUUCCAUCCGCUUCCUAUGUAUUUCUUCUCUUCAUGUUGUUCAUUGCUCAUUCAACUUUUUUUUUCCCAUUGCAGUAAUCAAUGCAGCUAUGGACGAGGAGGUCCCAAAGACUUCCACAGAGGUUUGUGACCAUCAGAUGGAAAGGACAGCAGAGGACAGUGCUGUUCCCAUAGACACAGAGACUGCAACAUCUGUACAAGAUGGCAAGUUUCUCAGAUGCACAGAAGCUCUCAACCUGAGGAAAACUGAAGACAAGGGUCAAAAAGCUGAGGGCUAUCCGGACCAGACAAUUCCACUGGCACUGCCGAGGGAAGCACUGCGCCAGCCCAAAAGCACCAUGCCGUCUGCUCUUGCCAGAAUCAGAGCCAUGAAUGCAAUCCUCCAGAGCCAUGCACAUUCUGUAAGACGGCCGCGUCACCUAGGAGCUGCUGGGCUGCCAGUUCAAAGCGUCUGUGAGCAAGAAAACGCAAAGGUUCAAAAGGGCGACAUCUGUUCAGAGGAGAAGCUCCCUAAGCCUAGGGAGCCGCAGAUGAGGGAGCCACUGAGAGCGCCCAAAAGCAAAAGCACUCGUGCGGCUUCCGGAAUUAAGGCCGUCAACGACAUCCACAGGAACCUAAACCGUUCUCAAAGGUGUCCGAACCAGGAAGGAGCUGCUUUUCUGGUGGAGGAUGUGCAAGGGUUCAAAACAACAGAAUCCAACCUAAAGAAUGAAGGCACAAGCGUCACAGUCUAUAUGUUGUGCAGUAAUGCACAACAAGUUGACAAUAAAGAGAUGAAAUGA